AUGUUGGCCGCGGUCCGCCUGAGCGGAGCUGCGUGGACGCGGGCGCUGCUGCUGCAGCUGCUGCUGGCGGGGCCCGGGGGCUGCCUGAGCCGCCAGCUAACACGUACUCCCUUCGGCCCCGGGCAGGGGGACCUGGAGCUGGAGGCCGGGGACGACCGCGUCUCCCCAGCCCUGGAGCUGAGCACUGCACUCCGCUUCUUCGACAAAUCCGACCUCAACUCGGUCUACAUUACCACGAAUGGCAUUAUUGCCAUGAGUGAGCCCCCAGCCAAAGAAUCCCAUCCUGGGCUAUUCCCACCGACCUUCGGAGCAGUCGCCCCUUUCCUGGCGGACUUGGACACGACAGAUGGCCUUGGGAAGGUUUACUAUCGGGAAGACUUAUCUCCCUCUGUCACUCAGCUGGCAGCGGAGUGUGUCCAGAGAGGGUUCCCGGAAGUCUCUUUCAAGCCCAGUAGCGUGGUGGUUGUCACUUGGGAAUCCGUGGCUCCCUACCAAGGGCCCAGCAAGGACCCUGCCCAGGAAGGCAAGAGAAACACAUUCCAGGCUGUUCUGGCCUCCUCUGAUUCCAGCACCUACGCCAUUUUCCUUUAUCCUGAAGAUGGUCUGCAGUUCUAUACGACAUUCUCAAAGAAGGAUGAGAACCAAGUUCCCGCAUUGGUUGCUUUCAGCCAAGGUUUAGUAGGAUUAAUGUGGAAGAGUGACGGAGCUUAUAAUGUAUUUGCUAAUGACAGAGAAUCAAUUGGAAACUUGGCCAAGAGCAGCAACUCUGGGCAGCAGGGCAUCUGGGUGUUUGAGAUUGGGAGUCCGGCCACGGCCAGUGGCGUGGUGCCCUCGGACGUGAACCUGGGAUUGGACGAUGGAGCAGAGUAUGAUGAUGAGGAUUAUGACUCGGUGACACCUCUGAGCCUGGAGGACACGGGCACCACAUCCUUCCCCUAUGAGGCCCGGAGAAGGGGAGACACUGGCACAUACAACGUGCCCAGUGACCUGCCCCCCCGCCGCCUGGCUACUGAGAGACCCCCUGGACCUCCCACGGAGCGGACCAGAUCUUUCCAGCUGCCAGUGGAGAGGUUUCCCCAGCAGCAACCACAGGUCAUAGAUGUGGAUGAAGUUGAGGAAACAGGAGUUGUUUUCAGCUACAACACAGAUUCCCGCCAGACGUGUGCCAACAACAGACACCAGUGCUCUGUGCACGCAGAGUGCAGGGACUUUGCCACCGGUUUCUGUUGCAGCUGUGUUUCCGGCUACACGGGGAACGGCCGGCAGUGUGUUGCAGAAGGUACCCCCCAGAGAGUUAACGGCAAGGUGAAAGGGAAGGUCUUUGUGGGGAACAGCCAAGUUCCCAUUGUCUUUGAGAACACCGACCUCCACUCCUACGUGGUAAUGAACCAUGGGCGCUCCUACACAGCCAUCAGCACCAUUCCUGAGACCAUCGGGUACUCUCUGCUUCCUCUGGCCCCUAUUGGAGGCAUCAUUGGAUGGAUGUUUGCCGUGGAGCAAGAUGGAUUCAAGAAUGGGUUUAGCAUCACAGGGGGCGAAUUCACCCGCCAGGCUGAGGUGACCUUUGUGGGGCACCCGGACAAGUUGUUCAUUAAGCAGCAGUUCAGCGGUAUUGACGAGCACGGACACCUGACCAUCGACACGGAGCUGGAGGGCCGAGUGCCGCAGAUCACCUUUGGCUCCUCCGUGCACAUCGAGCCCUACACGGAGCUCUACCACUACUCCCACCAGGUGAUCACAUCAUCCUCCACCCGGGAGUACACAGUGAUGGAACCCGAGCGGGAUGGCACUGCCCCUUCUCACGUCCACACUUACCAGUGGCGCCAGACCAUCACCUUCCAGGAGUGCGUCCACGACGGCUCCCGGCCGGCCCUGCCCAGCACCCAGCAGCUCUCAGUGGACAGCGUGUUUGUCCUGUACAACCAGGAGGAGAGGAUCUUGCGCUAUGCUCUGAGCAACUCUCUCGGUCCUGUGAGGGACGGCUCCCCUGAUGCCCUUCAGAAUCCUUGCUACAUCGGCACUCAUGGGUGUGACAGCAAUGCAGCCUGUCGCCCCGGCCUCGGGACCCAGUUCACCUGCGAGUGUUCCAUCGGCUUCCGGGGAGACGGACAGACCUGCUACGAUAUUGACGAAUGUUCAGAGCAGCCCUCGGUGUGUGGGAGCCAUGCAAUCUGCAAUAACCACCCAGGAACCUUCCGAUGCGAGUGUGUGGAGGGUUACCGGUUUUCAGAGGAGGGAACGUGUGUGGCUGUCGUGGACCAGCGCCCCAUCAACUACUGUGAGACUGGCCUUCAUGACUGUGACAUCUCUCAGCGGGCCCAGUGCAUCUAUUUGGGAGGCUCCUCCUACACCUGCUCCUGUCUGCCAGGCUUCUCUGGGGAUGGCAGAGCCUGCCAAGAUGUGGAUGAAUGCCAGCUAAGCCGAUGUCACCCUGAUGCCGUCUGCUACAACACUCCAGGGUCCUUCACGUGCCAGUGCAAACCUGGUUAUCAGGGAGACGGCUUCCAUUGCAUGCCUGGAGAAGUGGAGAAAACCCGAUGCCAGCAUGAACGAGAACACAUCCUCGGGGCGGUGGACCCCCAGCGCCCCCGACCUCCGGGACUGUUUGUUCCCGAGUGUGAUGAGCACGGAUACUACGCGCCCACCCAGUGCCACGGCAGCACUGGCUACUGCUGGUGUGUGGACCGCGACGGCCGCGAGGUGGAGGGCACCAGAACCACGCCCGGGAUGAGGCCACCGUGUCUGAGUACAGUGGCUCCCCCGGUUCACCACGGACCCUCAGUUCCUACCGCCGUGAUCCCCCUGCCACCUGGGACCCACCUACUGUUUGCCCAGACCGGGAAGAUAGAGCACCUCCCCCUGGAGGGAAACACCAUGACCAAGACGGAAGCCCAGGCUCUGCUUCACGCCCCGGAUAAAGUCAUCAUUGGACUGGCCUUCGACUGUGUGGACAAGAUGGUUUACUGGACCGACAUCAGUCAGCCUUCCAUUGGGAGAGCCAGUCUGCAUGGUGGAGAGCCAAGCACCAUCAUUCGACAAGAUCUUGGAAGCCCAGAAGGCAUUGCUCUUGACCAUCUUGGCCGCAACAUCUUCUGGACGGAUUCUCACCUGGAUCGGAUAGAAGUUGCAAAGCUGGAUGGGACCCAGCGCCGGGUGCUGUUUGAGACUGAUUUGGUGAAUCCCAGAGGCAUCGUAACGGAUUCCGUGAGAGGGAAUCUUUAUUGGACAGACUGGAACAGAGAUAGCCCCAAAAUCGAAACUUCCUACAUGGAUGGCACAAACCGGAGGAUCCUUGUGCAGGAUGACCUGGGUUUGCCCAACGGGCUGACCUUUGAUGCCUACUCAUCUCAACUCUGCUGGGUGGAUGCAGGCACCCAUCGGGCCGAAUGCCUGAAGCCCGAUCAGCCCAGCAGACGCAAGGUUCUUGAAGGGCUCCAGUAUCCUUUCGCCGUUACAAGCUUCGGGAAGAAUCUGUAUUACACAGACUGGAAGACGAAUUCCGUGGUCGCUGUGGGUCUUGCUGUUUCCAGAGAGACGGAUUCCUUCCAUCCCCACAAACAGACCCGGCUGUAUGGCAUCACCACCGCCCUGUCUCAGUGUCCCGAAGGUCACAACUACUGCUCAGUGAACAAUGGUGGCUGCACCCACCUCUGCUUGGCCACCCCAGGAAGCAGGACCUGCCGUUGCCCUGACAAUACCCUGGGCGUUGACUGUAUUGAGCGGAAAUGA